AUGUUAUUUCUUUAUUUUCUUCCAUUGCAGUACAUCGGUUCAUUCUCAGUGAUUGGAGUAGACCAAGGUAUGAGAACUAAUUUUGUGAAGAAGCAUCUCGAAGACAUGAGGGAUGUGGUGAAGAGUAUCAAAGUGUUGCUGGUCAUUUCAUUGUCUGGUGUGAAAGUAUGUAGUAGCAAAGGGGAGAGUGUAUACAUGGCUCAUGCCUUAAAACGAAUAUCCUUUGCGACCUGUGACCCGGAUUAUUGCCAGUUCUCUUUUCUUGCCAGAGAGCCAAAAGGACAGAUCAAUGUUCAGUUCUGUCAUGCUUUUGUCACCCGCAACUCUCCAGAAGCUGAAGAACUUAACACUAUCAUCGGGAAUGCUUUCAAGAUGGCCUACGCACAGCAACGUCAACGGCAGCCAACAUUCAAUGAGCUGAUCGAGCGCCAGAUCCAGGAACAGAAGGCCAAGUUUGCUGAGGACCAGGAGCAGGCAGAGAGGGACCUCCAGCAGAAGCUCAACGAGAUUGCCACUCCAACCCCGUUCUCAGAGAAGGCCAUACAGAGGAUGGAGAUGAGACGACAACUGAGCGAAGAAACAGCGCAGGAGAGAGAGAAGGAACUUGCACAACAACAUCACCAGCAGCAACAGCAGCAGCAUUCAAGCACUGCCACACUGCGGAGCUGGCUUUGGGGAAGGCAGACGACGGAACGUGUGAAACACCGGUCACCAGUUACGGAACUCCUAUCGCUGACCUCUGACCGCGGCUCGCCGCCACCUGCCCUUAUCAAGCCAUCCUCUAGUCCCGCCCACCUGAGGCCACAGCCACACAACAGCACCGAUCACAGCCUCCACGGCCAGCAGCGUAACUCUGUACCUCCUGGGGUGAGCAACUCCCACUCCUUGUCUGUUAGCGCUAUCCAACAAUGCUUUGAGAACUGUCAGGUGAAGGGGUCUCCCGUGACUGCUUUAAAAGAUCAAAUUGACAAACACUUCGGUGAUUGCUCCCUUGAAUCCUUAGAUCUGGAAUUUGGCCACCCUGACACAUAUCUAUACCCUGCUUCUAAACUAAAGCAGAAAGAUGGGGAAAAGCCCAAACUGUCCAGCAUCCAAAACAGACCCCUUCCAGCCCUACCAAUUGAUAGAAAUGGACAUAGUAAAUCUAGUAUACAGCGAUCGUCGCUGCAGAAUUUAUCGUCGACGGACGAUGGUGAUCGCACGUCUUCAAGUUGUCACGUUCCUCUCAGAGAGUCAGUCCAUCCGUAUAACCCACGGCGGAGGGAGAGCUCUCCGAAGACUAAGGGUCAGAGGCCGCUGAGCGGAGCAGCAUUUGAUAUAAAAAAAAGCUACAACGGUUACAGCCGGGCAUUGUCAUGCGAUGCCUCGUACUACGGAUACAGAUCCAGCGUCCACUGCCCCCAGGCGUCGCCUCUAGUGAAGCAACAAAGCUUCCCAGAGACAGAAAGCACAUCUCUGCAGCAGUUAUAUACGUUAGAAGGACAUGGCAAACACAUUGAGGAACCCUGCUUGCCUGCUAGUUGUCCAAACAACAGCAGCAGCAGCAUCACUGACCACCAACAUUGGCGACCGACACUUGACAUUGGGAGGCACUUGUCGCCAAUGGCACGUCAUUCAAGAAAGGAGCCGCAUGCACCUCAGCUCCCUAUUUCCCAACCUGGACCAACAUCAUCUCCACAGUCGUCAAGGUACCAAAAUGAUAGUCUCUUUCAAUACCAGGGUUAUUAUGAUAGUUCCAUACCGAAUUCACCGUCAAGGUAAGUCCCAGCUUAUUUCG